AUGUCGGUGAUCGUUGAUUGGAUCGAAGACUGUCUAGAAACUUAUUUCGAUGUGUAUGUUGAUAACCAAUACAUGUUGCUUGGUGUCGCUUUCGCACUUUUCUACAUCUACCAAGUACUUAUUAUCGUGGUCGAUGCGGCUUUUGCAAUGUACAAUUGGAGAAAUCUGAGAAAUUUUGGGGAUUUCACUUUCUUUUUGGCGCUCAUCAUUUUGUCUAUAGUUUAUGGUCUAACAUUUCUCCUCAUACAACCAGAAGAAAGACGUUGCUUCGGUGUUUGCAGCAUUUUUGCGACGGUUCAACUCAUCCUCUCUGUUUUUUAUUAUUUCUAUAUGUUUCCCAGUAUGGAUAACGAGCAACUGUUAUACUUCACAACCAUCUUCGCUCCGAUUUCGAUCUUUUACAUGACUAUUAUUGUUUCCAUUUCUGUAGUGGUUUCGUGUAGAAUGAGCUUCUUUCGUCCGCAUCAACGAGUGAUCAGCGAUUUGUAUGCAGUUGAGGAGCGAAAUGGGAAGAAGAGUGUCUGA